UUUCCGGUUUUGAGAGUGAAUCAAAUGCUUGAAGACCGAUUCUUUCAUUUCAUACAAACUUGUUCGUGUUUGUGCUCUGUGGAUAGUUUUCAGAGACUGUAACCGCUAUCUGCUUGCUUUUGAGGAUAUUUAACAGGCAAAGAAAGCAAGCGCGCGAUGCAACUGUUAGAUGUGAUUGGAUUUCUGGUCGCUGUUGCUAGUGUAAUGCAAACUAGCGGGAACCAGCAGUUAUCAAAACCUGUCGCCUGCACGUCUGAUCUUUGCCACAAAGUCGCCCGAGAAAUCCUCUCCAGCAUGGAUGAAACUGUGGAUCCAUGCGUCGACUUCUACGCUUACGCAUGCAACCGCUGGAAUAACAGCAGCGGUCUGUCGCAAACCGUGCUUGUUCCCAAAGUUUCCAAACAACUUCAACAAUUGUUUGACAGUGGAAAUUACACCAAUCCUACGGAAAAAAAGGCAAUGGACAUAUACAACCAGUGCAUCAACCAGACGAAUGACGGACCAUUCAGUAUUGAGACCAUUCGCAGGCUUGUGCGCGCCGUGGAUGCCUUGUUUGGUGGAUGGUCGCUAUUAAAAGGCAAUCCCAACGUAUCCGCUUUCCGUCUGGAUGACGUACUCCCCCGUCUUCAACAGAACGAUAUUCAGUCCAUCAUUUAUCUUUCCAUAGAAAAAAACGAUUUUACCAGCAACCAGAAUAUCAUGUUCCUUAGAAUGCCUGGGCGCCUUUGGGAACGAUGGGGAUAUUGUGCCCGCUAUCCUGCGCCAUGCAAUGCAACAGAGCAGCUAAAGAGCAUCUGGACGUUUAUUGUCCAGCAUUUGCUGAAAGUGGCCAAUCCAAGCGUCCAUUGGUCGACAGUUCGAGAGCGGCUGGAGAAAGUUCUCAUGUUGCAUUUCCGGAUGGCAACUGUGUCAAAAGGAAAACUAGACUUUCUGAAGCGCUUAACCUUUGGUGAUCUCAAUAAACCACCCUACCGUUCGCACUUCCUACCGAGAUUAUUGCCGCUGUUCAAUGCCAUGCUGAAAUCAUCGUCAGUGAAGUUUCAAGCAACGACCAGUACAAAGUUCGGGGUUCCGUUAUUAGAGUAUCUCCUCGAACUGGAUCAGACGAUGGCGCAGCUGGAACGGGACGGAGAUGCGGGACUUGCGACCCUGGCUGACUGGCUAUGGUGGACUGCGCUUUAUCACUACUACCUUGUAUAUCAAGAGGCGCGCCACUGCGUGCAACUGGUGAAAACGGCCAUGCCGCUGACUGUGUCGGGAAUGUUCUUUAAGACAUACAUACCGAGCAAAGUUGCAGAAAAGGCCAAAGUGCUGACAACCGAGCUUGCAAACGCGGUUCGCGACGCGGUCCUCCUCAAAACAACCUGGAUGGACAAUGCAACGCUGGAAGCCGCCAUGGAUAAGCUGAAUCAUACACUGCGGAAUGUUGGAUUUCCCGAGGAGUUCUUGGAUAACUGGAAACUAAUCGAUGACCUUUAUGCUAAGGUUCAACUGGAGGUAUCAUUCUACGACACAUUACGCACCAUCGAUCAAAGCAACAGUUGGAUCAACCUGCAAAAACUCUCCCGCAUUAACGUUCGCAAUGAUCUAUUCUUUCCAGACGAUCUGACCUUGGUAUUCGCCCGGAUUUACCCAAACGGCAAUUAUAUUGUUAUUCCAGCGGCUACAUUGCAGCCACCAAUGUUCUACGCCAGCAACUUGGACAUUUUUAAUUACGCUCGCUUGGGUUUCGCCAUCGGCCACGAAUUUACCCAUACUUUCGAUGUCGGAGGUAAGGCGUGGGGAAAAGACGGGAAACCGUUUAACUGGUGGACGAAUGCAACACGGAACAAUUACAAUGCGAGGAAGUACACUCUAGUCGAUUUCUAUAACAAUAUCCCCACGAAGAACGACAGCGUCGAUGGACGGCAAAGUCUCAAUGAAAACACUGCCGACAACGGUGGAUACCGCGCUGCUUACUUGGCUUUUACUAAAUUUAAACGCCGCACCGGAUACCGCAUACAACUGCCGGGUUUAGAAGCCCUGAAUGAGGAACAACUGUUCUGGUUGAUAGGGGCGCAGACAUGGUGCUCCCGUAACCCAGCACCUAUCGACGCAGUGCACGCACCCUUCCGAUUCCGUGUUAUGGGUCCGUACAUGAAUAGCGCAAUUCGGUGCAGCGUACAACUGUCCGCUGGGAUCCCCGAUGAACCCGCGAAUUAAGGCGUGGUAGAGAUAAUUUUAUCUUCUGAGAU